AGAAUUAAACAAGAGUGGACUCCGAUUUUAAAUAUGUACUGGAUGACUGGAGUCUUACGGUAAGUUUUGGUCAUUGGCUACACUGCCGGGGAGUUGAUGUUCCCAAAUCUUCACAGACUGUGAUACUUCUUCCGGUAUUAACGAGUGGCGAGCUACACUGCACCUCUGGCCAACAUGGCGGCUUCGUUAGGACGGAUUUGUGGAUCGGGUCUUCUUAAACCAAAUACUAGUACCCUGUUAAAUCAGGUUAACAACUUCUCUACAGUGAGAGAUUGGUCCAGGGGUAGAAAAGCGCUUGCAACGUGUGUUGGAUUAGCAGCUGGAGGUAUCGGAACUUUGAUCUAUGCUUUGGAUAACUCUGUCAAAGCAACCGAUUUGAUAGCGCAUCCUCCCAACUAUGCCUGGACCUUUUAUGGUUUAUUCAAUGCCUACGAUCAUGCUAGCAUGCGACGAGGAUGGGAAGUCUAUAAAAAUGUGUGUUCAGCGUGCCACAGCCUUCAGUAUGUCGCGUAUCGCGAACUCAUUAACGUGACGCACACUGAAGAUGAAGUAAAGGCCCUCGCAGAAGAAGUCAUGAUACGAGAUGGCCCCAAUGAGGAGGGUGAAUAUUUCAUGCGGCCCGGAAAGCCUUCCGAUCACGUUCCGUCUCCGUAUCCCAACGAAGAAGCUGCUCGAGCUGCUAACAAUGGUGCUUACCCACCAGAUCUAACUUAUAUCGUGAAUGCCAGGCACAACGGCGAGAAUUACGUAUUUUCGCUGCUGACUGGAUACUGCGAUCCACCAGCUGGUGUUCCUAUCAGGGAUGGCCAGUAUUUCAACCCAUACUUCCCAGGUGGUGCUAUCGGUAUGGCGCAGGUCAUUUAUGAUGAAGUCCUAGAAUUCGAGGAUGGCACUCCAGCAACGGCAUCCCAGAUUGCUAAGGAUGUCACUCAAUUCCUGACGUGGACGGCAAACCCUGAAUUCGACACAAGGAAGCGAAUGGCCAUUAAGGUUAUUGGAAUAUUCUCUAUUCUAUUGUCGGUCGUUUACUACAUGAAGAGACAUAAGUUCAGCACUCUGAAAACUACGAAGAUUGUUUAUGUCCCAAAGAAGUAGUCAAAGUUUGCGACGUAAAUCAAUUAAAACGUUAGCUCAUUGAAAUUGUAUGAAUCACGAUAGCCGCCCGGAAACAAAAUGUAGUUUUUUAAUUUAAACAAUGUCAAUUGAGGCACAGUUGACAAGAUUAACGGCUACUCCAUCGUCAUUUGCACGGCUGCCAUUACGCGUUCUCGAACCAGCCGCUGACGUACGAUUGUCAUCGAUACCAGAUCAAUUAACCUGUACAAUGUACAUAAACGCAAGCAAUGGCAUCAUUGUCUUAUCAAAAUAAAUCGUUAAACUUA